AACAUUGAAUCCGAAAUACAAUUGGCGGUGGUACCUGGAAAAGCAUAAGAGUAAAAUCACAAGGGAAAAUUCACUUUUUAAAAAUCCUAUUGCAGCUAUAUGCGACAAUAUUUCACCAUCAUCCUUGACAGUCGAUUUCGUGAACAGUAUUAGCGCCUUGUGCUUGGUGGGGGCGUUUUUAGAUAAUGGAAAACAACAGCACAUCACUUGUUACAUAGAGAAGAGAAUAUGAAAAUUUCUACACAACAGGUGGUUCCUAAGCUAAUGAUUGUCUCCCUAGUUUUUGAUACUCAAAACAAAAAUCAUUACUGCAAGAAUCGUUUGUUAAGACAGAUGCUACCCUCAUUAAUUUUGCACACACUUGUGUUUUGCAGUUACAUUCUUUGUUCUUCUGCUAAAGAGACCAUAACAUCAAACAGUUCGAUCAGUGAUGGUGAAGGAGAUAGCCUGGUUUCGCCAGGAAAAAAGUUUGAACUUGGAUUUUUUACUCCUAAUGGAAGCUCCAACACGAGGAGAUACUUGGGGAUAUGGUAUUAUGGCUCAAACCCGCAAACGGUCGUAUGGGUUGCCAAUAGAGACAAGCCACUUUUAGAUGAUAGUGGAGUCUUUGUUGUUGGAGAAGAUGGCAACCUCAAGAUGCUGAAUGGAAAUGGGGAAUCUUUCUGGUCAACGAAUCUUAAAGCAGUGCCUUCUGGAUAUAAAAAAGCCAAACUGACAGAUACUGGGAACCUGGUGCUCUUCAAUGAAGAACAAGAAAGCCACUCAGAAAGCAUUAUAUGGGAGAGUUUUCAUAAUCCCACUGAUACAUUUCUUCCAGGGAUGAGAAUGGAUGAAAAUAUGGUACUAACUUCUUGGAAAAGUUUUGAUGAUCCAGCUCCAGGGAAUUUCACAUUUCAGAUAGACCAAGAAAGAGUAAACCAGUUCAUUAUUUGGAAAAGAACAACAAGGUAUUGGAAAAGUGGUGUUUCUGGUAAAUUCAUUGGCCCUGAUGGGAUGCCUUCAGCCAUGCCAUCAGCAAUUUCUUUCUUUUUGUCAAAUUUUACCACUGUUGUACUCCACAACGAGUCCAUGCCACAUCUUACCUCGUCAUUAUACAGCGAUACAAGGAUGAUUAUCAGUUUCUCCGGUCAAAUUCAGUAUUUCAAGUGGGAUUCCAGGAAGAUCUGGUCCGUGAUUUGGGCUGAGCCUAGAGAUAAAUGCAGUAUCUACAAUGCAUGUGGAAAUUUCGGUAGCUGCAACAGUAACAAUGACUUGAUGUGUAAAUGUUUGCCUGGCUUUGCACCUAGCUCCCCUGCAAAUUGGAAUAACCAGGAUUAUUCUGAUGGAUGCACUAGAAACUCGAGGAUAUGCAACAAGAAGGCUAAGAUCGAUACGUUCUUGAGUUUGAAUAUGAUGGAAGUGGGGAAUCCAGACUCUCAGUUUAAUGCUAAGGAUGAAAUGGAAUGCAAAUUUGAGUGCCUUAGCAACUGUCAGUGCCAGGCGUAUUCCUAUGAAGAACCUGAUAAUAUGCAACAAGGUGGUAGCCGCUUUGCUGCAUGCUGGAUUUGGUUGGAAGAUCUCAACAAUAUCCAGGAAGAGUACGAAGGUGGCCGUAACCUUAAUGUCCGGUUACCCGUUUCUGAUGUAGAAUCAACCAGAAGAAGUUGUGAGACUUGUGGCACAAACCUGAUUCCAUAUCCACUUAGCACUGGACCAAAAUGUGGCGACGCCAUGUAUCUCAAUUUUCACUGCAACAUCUCUUCAGGGGAAGUUACCUUUGAUGUUCCUAUUGGCACUUAUAGGGUCACAAGCAUAAGUCCAGAAACACGAAAAUUCAUCAUUCAAACCAAUGAUGCAAACGAUUGUAAGGCUGGAAAUUCAGGUGAUGAUUUAUUUCGGUUCAAGCAGCCAUCACCAUUUCAUGUUACUAGCAGAUGUAAUGCAGAUGAAGUAGAGAUAGGCUGGGAUCCUCCAUUGGAACCAACCUGCUCUUCACCAACAGAUUGCAAAGAUUGGCCAAAUUCAACUUGUAAUGGAACAAGCAAUGGAAAGAAAAGGUGCCUCUGCAAUACAAACUUUCAAUGGGAUAACUUGAGUGUGAAUUGCACUGAAGAUAGUGGCUAUGGACAAAAGAAAUACAAGUCUUCAACCAGAAAGAUCGCUUUGUCUCUAACUCUGGUAAUAGCUUGUAUUAGCGCAAUCGUUAUAACCAUUGUGUCAAGCGCCAUUGGUUAUGUUUACUUGAAGAGAAGAAAACAGGUCGAGGGAGAAGGGAUAUGGGGAAACAUUCAAAGAAAAUCUGCACUUCACUUAUAUGGCAGUGCCAGUGAGAGACAUGUCAAAGACCUAAUCGAUUCAGGGCGGUUUAAAGAAGAUGAUACAGACGGAAUAGAGGUACCAUUUUUUCAUUUAGAAAGUAUUCUUUCUGCAACGAGAAACUUCUCAAACGCAAACAAGCUGGGGCAAGGGGGAUUCGGACCAGUUUAUAAGGGUAAGUUCCCCGGAGGGCAAGAGAUUGCUGUAAAGAGGCUCUCAAGUGGUUCAGGGCAAGGCUUAGAGGAAUUCAAAAAUGAGGUGGUCCUGAUUGCAAGACUUCAACAUAGGAAUCUCGUUAGACUAUUAGGCUAUUGUGUUGCAGGAGAUGAAAAGAUGCUACUCUAUGAGUAUAUGCCUAACAAAAGCUUAGACUCCUUCAUAUUUGAUCGGAAGCUAUGCGUUCUACUCGACUGGGAUAUGCGAUACCGUAUAAUAUUGGGAAUUGCUCGAGGCCUUCUAUAUCUCCACCAAGAUUCAAGGCUGAGAAUAAUUCACAGAGAUCUAAAAACAAGCAACAUUCUACUAGAUGAGGAGAUGAAUCCAAAGAUUUCCGAUUUCGGGAUGGCAAGGAUUUUUGGUGGCAAAGAAACUUCUGCAAACACAAAUAGAGUAGUUGGAACUUAUGGAUAUAUGUCGCCUGAGUAUGCACUAGACGGCCUUUUCUCAUUCAAAUCAGAUGUAUUUAGCUUCGGUGUUGUCGUAAUAGAGAUCAUCAGCGGGAAGAGGAACACCGGAUUUUAUCAGCCUGAACAGUCAUUGAGCCUUCUAGGUUAUGCAUGGCAUAUGUGGAAAACAGGCAAGGCAAUGGAUUUACUGGACCAGACACUGCGUGAGAGUUGCAAAGCAGACGAGCUGCUAAAGUGUCUAAACGUAGGACUGCUGUGCGUACAAGAAGACCCCGGUGAUCGUCCCACCAUGUCACAGGUAGUUUUCAUGCUCGGCAGCGAGAAUGCAUCGGUUCCGGCACCAAAACAACCGGCAUUCGUAGUCAGGCGAUGCCCUUCUAGCAAAGCUUCUUCAUCUAGCAAACCAGAGACAUUUUCCCAAAAUGAGCUAACCGUUACCUUGGAACAUGGUAGGUAGUUCUCAAGAAGCCACUUGGAGAAUCAAAUUUUAUUUAUUUCUAGUUUUAUAUCAUUUAAUAAUUCGUACUGCCCUUGAUUUUGCAAUUGUUAUGUUUAAGAAUGAAAUGUAAGUACUUUUUUUUAA